CACAUAUGCAUGUUAAUUAAUUGCAUCUUAUUAGAUGGGUCGAUGCAAAUCAGUUGAACACAAUCACAUUCUUGGAACAUGAGGCGUGCCAUCUAGCGACAAAUGAUUAGUGGGGCCAUUAAGAUGGUGAUGUGGAACCGCAAGUCAUAUUUAUAGAACGGAUUGACGUCCAAAAUAUUAGAUGUUCAUUCCUUUAGUUUUUUUGACAGAGAAAGAAACAAGGUAGCUAGCUAUGGCACCUCAAAAGACUGAUGAUAUAGAUGACAGAGAACUCAACGCCUUCCAUGAUUGUAUGAGCUGGGUAGUCAUUUUCUUACCGCUGAUAGUUGUGGCGAUUACGGUAGUGGUCGUAGUCGCAGUCCCCAGCAAAUACACCACCGAUUACCCCAUCUUCACCCUACAGAAAGCCACCACCCACAACUUCAAUCUCACGCCCAUCCCCGGAGCUGAUUCCUCUUUCCUUCUUGACACCAACGUGAACAUCACACUACUCUACCUCAACCCUAACCGACACGUCACAAUCAAUUAUGACCGCCUCAGCAUCAACGCCGUAUAUCUCGGAGAGGCCAUUGCUGUUCCCACCGUUCUUCCUUCAUUCAUCUGUUCAGCCCCCAAAAAUUGCCGGCGCUUUCUCAACUUUUUUAAAUGGUCAUUCCGUCCCGGUGGCUGGUACGGGCUUGGAAAAGAUGCCGCUCAUCCCAAUCAACAUUACUGUGGAUGGGUGGAUUGCUUGGGAGGAUCAGUGGCGCAGCGGAAAAAUGCAUGUCAACUGCCCUUGCUUGCUGAGAUCGGGCUACUCUGGGGCCUAUGCUUUAGGGCAAGCUUGCACCGUUAAGGUUGAUAGAGAUGCCUUAAAGACUUGAUCAAUCCACUAUUAUCAUUAAUUACUGAUAUUUUACCAAUAUAAUAUUAUUAAUAUUUCCCUUAUUUUAUUUUUAUUUAUUCCAAGUAUAUUAAAUUACUACUCGUAUAAUAGGAAUGGGAAAGUUCCCGAAAUAGGACUAAAACAGUUUCAAAAUUCCAAAAUAGGACUGUCAUGUUUUUUAUUCCCAAAAUAGGACUAAUUACUGACAUGUUUAGAAAAUACUGCCAUGUUUAAAGUCUGGUACUGUCAAAACAUGGUAGUAAUUAGUCAUAUUUUGGGAAUAAAAAUAUGGCAGUUCUAUUUUGGAAUUUUCAAAUUGUCUUAGUCCUAUUUCGGGUAAUAUCUCAUAGGAAUACUAUAUAAUAGGAGUACCUACUAUGCAUUGAUAAAUGCAUGCGCUAGGUGGUUAACAAUGUAAUGCAAUACGGAAUAGUAUAUCAAAAAUGAUGUUUGUACACACUCUUAUACACACUUUUGUACACACCUAUGUCUGUGAAAGCUUUUUUUUUUGUCUGUGAACAUCGAUUCACAGACAAUGUUUUGCACAAACAAAAAAAGCUUCACAAACAUGAUGUGUAUAAAGUGUGUACAAGGGUGUGUACAUCAAGAAUUGUUGUAUAAUAUAUUCCGCACUAUAUUAAGGACUUCGAAUAUUUUAUUAAAUGCAUCUGACCUGUGUAUGUGUGU